AUGGUGCCGGUUAAGAUAUUCAACGGGAAUAAGAGCGUUUCGACAGUGGCGUUUCUAGACGAGGGGUCUUCGUAUUUGUUAGUGGACAGUUAUUUGACCAGAAAACUGCAGUGCAACGGUAUCACCCAACCGCUCCGUAUAACGUGGACCGCAGGGGUUUCUAGACUGGAGAAGGAUUCGCAAAAAAUCCAGCUGACGAUCUCAGCUACUGGAUCGAAUGAAAGAUUUAUCUUGCAGGAUGUACACACCGUAAGCAACCUGAAGUUGCCGACACAGGCCAUGACUUUCGCUGACGUAGCCGGAAAGUAUCGUCAUCUGGAAGGGUUGCCAGUGACCGAUUACGCUGCAUCUGCACCAUUGCUUCUGAUUGGACUCAAACAUAUCGAGCUUUUCGCCCCGUUGGAAUCUCGUGCGGACAACCAGGCGAACCGAUUGCCGUGCGCUCUAAACUUGGUUGGACGAUCUACGGAUCGCAAGACCCAACGCAAGUCACAGUACACAGUCGUAGAAAAGGGCUUCUCGGCGGAUUUGAUGCCGGAAUCAGACGAUGAUCGAAAAGCUCGGGAAAUGCUGGAGGAGAAAACUGUUCGCGUCGGCGAUAGGUUCAUGACUGGACUGCUGUUCAAGGAAGACAACCCAACGUUUCCGGACAGCCUACCGAUGGCGCUGCGGCGCAUGAAGAGCCUGGAGAAGAAAAUGUCGAAAAACCCUAAGUUGAAAGCUGCAGUGAAACAACAAAUAAUCCAGUAUCUGGAAAAAGGCUACUGUCAUAAAGCAACGAAGGAGGAACUGGCAUCUGUAAUCCCUGGCAAGGUUUGGUACUUGCCGUUAAACGUUGUUGUCAAUCCGAAAAAAGACAAGAUUCGCUUGGUAUUGGACGCGGCGGCCGAAGUGAAUGGUGACAUCCGUGAGAUGUUUCACCAGCUCAAAGUUCGACCGGAGGACAGACUGGCGCAACUGUUUGUAUUUGGAAACGAAAUCUACGUGAUAGAUUGUGUCAUUUUUGGAGCCACCUGCUCUCCUAGUAUGGCAAUGUUCGUGAAAGACAAGAAUGCUCGGGACUACGCUGAACAGUUCCCAGAAGCUUAUGAUGCAAUCGUACACAAGCACUAUGUGGACGAUUACUUCGACAGCACGGACACUGUCGAAAAGGCUGUCCAGCGGGCAAGCGAGGUAAGAUUCGUUCACUCUAAAGGCGGUUUCGAAAUCAGAGGCUGGGUGUCAAAUUCUCUGGAAUUCCUGGAACGCAUGGGUGAAACGGAGAAGAAACAAGCAAUUCAUCUCGACUCGGCUAAUCCGGAACGCGUUUUGGGGAUAGUGUGGAACACAAAGGACGACGUCUUCGCAUUAACAACCAAGAUGCGCGACUCGUUAAUGCCAUACCUGUACGAUGGAAAGGUCCCUACGAAACGCGUAGUGCUUAGUUGCGUCAUGAGUCUCUUUGACCCGCUAGGACUAUUGGCGCCGUUCACAUUUUUUGCGAAAGUGCUGAUCCAAAUCCUCUGGAGAAAAGGCUGCGAAUGGGACCAAGUCAUCGACGGAGAAGCGCUGGAGGGUUGGAAACGGUGGACGAGCUAUUUGGGAGCUGUAGAAGCGGUAAAGAUACCGCGGUACUACUUCGGCGACGGUCUUGCUCUCGAAUACUCAACGCUGCAGCUGCACAUUUUCGCAGAUGCAAGCGAGAAUGCAUACGGCUGCGUAGGCUACUUCCGCAUCUUAGCUGGGGAGGUCCCUCGAUGUGCGUUGGUGCAAGCAAAAUCAAAAGUCGCACCGAUCAAGCAAGUGUCGAUCCCGCGGCUGGAAUUGAUGGCGGCCGUACAAGGAGUUCGUCUUGCGGAAAACAUCAAAGACAAUCAAGGUCUGAACAUAGAACAAGUGUUCUACUGGACAGACUCACGCACCGUUCACUCAUGGGUUGUUUCCGAUCAAAGAAAAUAUAAGGCUUUCGUUGCAUUUCGGAUUGGAGAGAUUAUCAGCCGGUCGCGGCCAUCAGAGUGGCGGUGGGUACCCACUAAACUGAAUGUUGCGGACCAACUAACGAAAUGGAGCAAUGGUCCGCAGCUUGAUUCAAACAGUUCUUGGUUGCGGGGUCCGCAGUUUUUGUACAAACCAGAAGCUGAGUGGCCAUUACAGCAAUUCAAAAAACCGAAUGUCGAAGAUGAGAUGCGAGCAACAUUUCUGCUACACGACGUCGAAGUACAAGGUCAGUUGGUGGACAUAUCCAGAUUUUCUAAGUGGAACGUGCUUAUCAGAACGCUGGCAUGUGUAAAUAGGUUCAUCAACAAUCUGCGAGCGAAGCGACAAGGGAAGGUGAUAGAAGUUGUUCCAGCACCGCCGAAAAUUAAAGCAUUAGUACUAAGGAAGUUAUCGGCUAUCGAGAAGCCGAUCGACCGCGAAGAACAUCAAGUAGCAGAAAGAGCGUUGUUGAAGUUGGCACAAGUGGAGGCAUAUCCGGACGAAGUGAGAACUUUGUUGAAGAGUCGUCAAGCAAAAUGUUCAACCGGAGUGAGUCUGGAAAAAAGCAGUCUUCUCUACAAGCUGUCACCGAUACUGGAUGAGUUUGAUGUAAUACGAAUGGAAGGACGGUUGGCCACGGCGGACUUUUUACCCUUCGAACUGCGUUACCCGAUAGUGUUGCCAAGGGGCCAUCAGAUCACGCGUAAACUUCUGGACCAUUAUCAUCAAAAGUUCGGCCAUGCAGGACGAGAGACGGUCACCAACGAAGUGCGACAGAGGUUCUGCAUUCCGCAUCUUCGAGCCGAAAUAAAGAAGGUGAUGGACAGUUGCAUGUGGUGCAAAAUUAAGAAAUGCAAACCUGACACACCGAGAAUGGCACCGUUACUAACACAGCGUAUAACGCCCAAUCGUCGUCCGUUCAGCUUUAGUGGAGUCGACUUCUUCGGUCCCCUGGAGGUAACCGUCGGUCGGCAUGUGGAGAAACGAUGGGUGGCGUUGUUCACAUGUCUCGUUACCAGAGCAAUCCACCUAGAAGUGGCCAAUAGUUUGUCAAGCCAGUCCUGCUUGAUGGCAAUAAGACGGUUUGCAUGUCGACGGGGAAUGCCAGCGGAGUCCUUCUCAGACAACGCGACCAAUUUCGUAGCAGCGAGUAAAGAGGUGAUGAGGAACAUCGUGAUGAGCUGUAGUGAAGCGUUUACGGACGCAAGAACUAAAUGGAAUUUCAUUCCACCAGCGGCCCCCCAUAUGGGCGGGGCCUGGGAGAGAAUGGUUCGAUCUGCGAAGGGGGCUUUAGCGGCAUUGGACGACGGAAGAAAACUUACCGACGAAGUAUUGCUGACGGUUCUGGCUGAGGCGGAAGAUGCGAUCAACUCAAGACCGCUAACAUAUAUGCCGCAGGCGCCGGAUACGGUGGAGGCUUUGUCACCGAAUCAUUUUCUGCGAGGUUAUCCAUCAGGAGGAACAGAGUCGUACGUUAUCCCCGCAAACAAAGCAGAAGCAUUACGGGAUGGUUACAAGCGGUCCCAGUGGUUGGCGGACAAGCUAUGGCAGAGAUGGUUGCUGGAGUAUUUGCCGCUCGUCAACAAGCGUACGAAGUGGUACACAGAUCAUGAACCGAUCAAAGUCGGCAUUGUGGUCUAUCUAGCGGACAACGAAAAUAGGAAGACGUGGGUCCGGGGAAUCGUCGAGCAAGUCAUAAAAGGCAUCGACGGGCGCGUCAGACAGGCGAUUGUACGAACAACCAACGGAGUCUUCAAACGUCCAGUGGCUAAGAUAGCGGUGCCUGAAAUUGAAAGCUGUAAGUCUGGCUCCAAUCCGGAAUCUACACCAGAAUUACGGGGCGGGGCUGUUGCGGAACCACUGGGCGCACUGCCGGACGCCCUAAGCGCUCCCCAGCUGUGA